GGCUGUCUACCCCGUUGAAAAAAAUUAGAUGACUACUCUAAGCUACAAUAACAAGUGAAAAGUAAGAAGCAAUUAGUCAGAGACGAGAGUAAUGGAUCAAUCACCAUUGCUAAAUGACUUUUCCGGCGAGCACUGGCAGCUUAUCGGCUCCGACGGUGACUACCGGCCUAUUUCUAGCAUGAGUAUGAAUGAAUUGUGGGAUGUAUUCUGGAUUGAGACAGUGAAGCUAUGGGAGAUUGGAGGCCCAAUCGCUUUCAACAUCGUCUGUCAAUACGGACUCUAUGCUAUCACUGUUGCUUUCUGUGGUCAUCUUGGACCUACAGAGCUCUCUGCUGUUACCCUUGCUCAAACUGUUCUCGGCACUUUCAUUUAUGGCUUCAUGAUAGGCAUGGGGAGUGCACUGGAGACGCUCUGUGGACAGGCAUUUGGUGCUGGGCAAGUACACAUGCUAGGAGUUUACACACAACGCUCAAUGAUAAUUCUAUUGCUGAGUAGCUUCCUUCUCUUACCAAUCUAUGUUUUCGCGACUCCUAUACUUAAGUUCCUAGGCCAAGAUCAUGAUAUUGCUGUUGUUGCUGGGAAGUUUGCCAUGUUAACCAUUCCCGAGUUAUAUUCCCUGUCUGUUAACAUUCCCACUUCAAAAUUUCUUCAAGCCCAGAGUAAAGUUGGUGUGCUGGCCUGGAUUGGUUUUGUGGCUCUCGUACUCCAUGCUAUUCUCCUUUGGCUCUUCAUUUAUGUAUUCAAUUGGGGUUUGACCGGGGCAGCUAUAUCCUUUAAUCUUGUAGGCUGGGUCAAUGCACUUGCUCAAUUUGCUUACGUAGUUUUUUGGUGCAAAGAUGGAUGGAAGGGAUGGUCUUGGUCUGCAUUCAAUGAGAUUUGGGCCUUUGUUAGACUGUCUAUUGAAUCGGCUGUUAUGCUAUGCCUAGAAACCUGGUAUAUGGUGAGUAUUAUUCUCCUCACUGGUCAUCUCAAAGAUGCAGUUACUGCAGUUGGAGCCCUCUCGAUUUGCAUGAAUGUCGAUGGAUGGGAAGCAAUGUUUUUUAUUGGAGUCAAUGCUGCCAUAAGUGUUCGGGUCUCAAAUGAGCUUGGGCUAGGACGUGCCAGGGCGACCAAAUGUAGUGUAUACGUUACAGUGUUUCAGUCACUUCUCAUUGGGAUACUCUGCAUGAUUGUAGUACUUGCAUUAAGAAGUCAUCUAGCCAUUCUAUUCACCGAUAGCGAGCUUUUGAAACGAGCUGUUUCUGAGCUUGCUUGGUUUCUUGGGUUAACAAUGCUUCUCAACAGUGUUCAGCCUGUGAUAUCAGGUGUUGCUGUUGGAGGCGGAUGGCAAGGUCUCGUAGCUUACAUCAAUUUGGGUUCUUACUACAUUUUUGGUAUUCCUCUCGGAUAUCUUCUUGGCUAUGUGGCUAACUUCGGAGUCAUGGGACUAUGGGGAGGAAUGAUAGGUGGACUAGCUUUGCAAACACUACUACUCUCAAUUGUACUCUACAGAAUUGACUGGAAUAAAGAGGUUGAGCAGACAACAGAACGGAUGCGAAUCUGGGGAGGUCAAGACUUAGAAACAGAGAAAAACCUCCAAAUCCCAAAUUUCACAACGGCUUAAUUAAGCGCUGAAAAAAAACUUUAUUAGGUGCCUCACACAGCUAAUAUUUUUGAGUCCAUUAAAUUUUGGGUUUACCUUUUUGGUGUGAUAAAAAGAAGAUUUUUCCACAGGCUGGAUUUGCAUAAUGUGAGCAAAUGACAAUUUGGUUAUUUUUAUUUCAUAUA